AUGCUUCCUCUCUUCAACAAAGUACUUCCUCUCUUGAUCAAGGUGCUUCCUCUCUUCAUCAAGAUGCUUCCUCUCUUCAUCAAGAUGCUUCCUCUCUUCGACAAAGUGAUUCCUCUCUUCUUCAAAGUGCUUCCUCUCUUGAUCAAGGUGCUUCCUCUCUUCAUCAAGAUGCUUCCUCUCUUCAACAAAGUACUUCCUCUCUUGAUCAAGAUGCUUCCUCUCUUCAUCAAGAUGCUUCCUCUCUUCAUCAAGAUGCUUUCUCUCUUCAACAAAGUGCUUCCUCUCUUCUUCAAAGUACUUCCUCUCUUCAUCAAGAUGCUUCCUCACUCCAUCAUGCAGCUUCCUCUCUUGAUCAUGCAGCUUCCUCUCUAA